AUGCAGUCCCAAUCCCUCCGGCCCUACCUCCAGGCCGUCCGGAGCACCCUGACGGCGGCGCUCUGCCUCUCCGACUUCGCCUCCCAGACCGCCGAGCGCCACAACGUGCCCGAGGUCGAGGCCCGCACCUCCCCCGAGGUCCUGCUGACGCCGCUGACCGUCGCGCGCAACGAGAACGAGCGCGUGCUCGUCGAGCCCAGCGUCAACAGCGUCCGCGUCAGCAUCAAGAUCAAGCAGGCCGACGAGAUCGAGCACAUCCUCGUGCACAAGUUCACGCGCUUCCUGCAGCAGCGCGCCGAGAGCUUCUUCGUCCUGCGCCGCAAGGCCAUCCCCGGCUACGACAUCUCCUUCCUCGUGACCAACUUCCACACCGAGGAGAUGCUCAAGCACAAGCUCGUCGACUUUAUCAUCCAGUUCAUGGAGGAGGUCGACAAGGAGAUCUCCGAGAUGAAGCUCUUUUUGAACGCGAGAGCGCGUUUCGUAGCCGAAUCUUUCCUGACUCCUUUCGACUAA